AAGACCGAUAUACGGAAUAUUCAAAAUUACUUCUCAAAUACUACUUGUCACAAGGAAUUGCGUCAGGGCAUCAUGUUUUGUUUGCUAGUGCAGAAGAAGAUCCAAUAAAUUUUAUAAAAGGACUUCCCUGGAUCGCCGACAACGAAUCGGAUAGCCUAGAUGGUGUGGCAGAUGAUGGUAAGUUGUUGGAAGAAAAGAUGACCAUUGCUUGGAGAUAUAAAAAUAUGAAAAAGUUUGAAUCCGGAAUUAAAAGCAGCAACUCUAAUAUCGUUACAUCAAGCGUCCUUCAUCACAAGCAAAUUCCCGUUGGAAGUGGCCUAGGAAAUAAUCAAAAAUUGGAAAGUGCAUUUAAUCAUGUUUUUGAUUUGACAAAAUUGAUCCCGCAAUCUACGAUCGAGUCUGCGCAAAUGACGUUAGUUGAUGUAAAUACAUGGAAUGAUAACGAGGAUCCGUACAAUAGGCUCUUGUCUAAAAUUCAUCAAGUCAUAGACGAAAAACAUUUCAGAUCAUCGGUUUCUCCACCAGCUGGCGUUGAAAGAAAUGCAAUGAGAAUUGGAAUUCACUCAAUUGCAUCACCUUCUUGGCGAUCUAAGUCUCCUCAUGACCUUUUUAGGUUUUUUCAUGCUCUACGUGGUUUGCUACGGAUUUCAUGUAGUUCAGCUGUAAUAACAAUUCCAGCUCAUCUAUAUGACUCAUCUUUAUUCAUAAGACGCAUUGAACAUAUGAGCGAUUCCGUGAUCGAGCUAGAAUCAUUUGCGGGUUCUCCAUCAGCCGCUAAUUCAGUCUACAGUGCUACUUAUCAUGGUUUAUUUCAUGUCUAUAAGUUACCCACAAUCAAUUCACUCUUGUCCUCUUCAGCAAAAUUGUCGAUACUCUCCGGAGGCGGUGGAAAUAAUUUAGGAUUUAAAUUAAGGAGAAAAAAAUUUUCAAUUGAAACUUUUCACCUACCGCCAGAAGGUGGUGUUGGUGAGAGGC